GCGUUGCCGCGUUGCUAGCGCCGCCAACGCUGCCACCGUUCUAUGCUGCCGAAGCUAGCCGAAGCCGAAGCGCCUCGCAGCAGUCGAGUGGGGAAGUUGAGGGCGAAGCCAUGGCGGCUGGUUGUUGUGGAGCCAAGAAGCAAAAGAUGAACAACAAUAAUUCAGCCCCAUGUUGUAAUGGGACGAUGGUGCACCCUAAUCACUUUCAACCUAGCCACUACAAAAACGGCAUGGUAGUCUGUGUGGAAAUGUGCUUCUUUUGCUUCGACGUGCUUUACUGCCAUCUCAAUCAGUACGAGACGCCCAAGACGCCCAACUUCCCAAAUGAAUGCUACCCUCUAUUUGUGACUUGGAACAUCGGGAAAGACAAAAGGCUGAGAGGUUGCAUCGGGACCUUCAAUGCCAUGAAUCUGCACUCGGGGCUGAGGGAGUACGCCGUCACCAGUGCUUUCAAGGACAGCCGCUUCAGUCCCAUCACAAGAGACGAGUUCAACAAGCUUCACGUCUCCGUCUCCAUCCUGCGACACUUCGAGGAUGGCAACGACUACAUGGAUUGGGAGAUUGGGAUUCAUGGCAUUCGAAUAGAGUUUAUGACUGAAAAAGGCUCAAAACGCACUGCCACUUAUUUGCCUGAGGUGGCACCCGAGCAAGGCUGGGACCACGUGCAGACGAUAGACUCCCUGCUGCGCAAGGGCGGCUACAAGGGUUCCAUCUCCAACGAGAUGCGCAAGUCCAUCCACUUGACGCGCUACCAGAGUGAGAAGGUCACCAUUAGCUACCAGGAGUAUCGGGACUUCUGGAGGAACCGCCAGUGCUAGCAUCGGUGGGGGCCUCCAGCCUCCCCCCUCCUGGCCAAGUCAACGGCGACUUCAUACUUCCACCAGGGCCUUCCUUCCACCCCGCGGCGGCACCCCUCGCCUCCAGUUUCCGGGCUGCCGGCCGUGCCUAGCAUGCUCCCCCUUUUGCUUCUCCCCCUCAUCCCCUUCGUUCACCCAGGGCCAGAUCGGGAAGGUCGCGGCGCUUUUUUGUCCGGAUGACGAUCCCGUGGACUCCGUCUUCGGGUCCGACAGUUUCGUUACAACGAGCACCAAUACUCGUCGGGCGAAUCUGUCGUCUUCGUUCCAGACAAAAAGAAGUCCGCUGUCGGCCCGCGGAACGUUUUCGUGGGGACGCUCGGAGUGGCCGUGUAUCCCCGAAAGGGGACAGUCACGUAGGGCCGUCGGGCGAGGGCGACGCCUGGCAGGGUAGUCGGGCUUUCGAGAGGACUCUGGACGGUUCUCCCAGUGCCUCGUCGUCCAGUUGGCUCGCGGUUAGACGAUAUCUUUCAUGUGGUUUCCCCCGUUACGUUUGGCGGCCUCUCAUUCGAGGCUCGGUUGUUGUGUUUAGGUUUUCGGCGCCUCCAUUUGUCACAAUGCUCUGCAUCUCCCCCCCUCUCCCUUUUGUGGUUGUUUCUAGGCUGUCCUCUCGAUUGUCUGAGGGAGUACCGGGAAACUGCCCUCUUUGGGGCUGCCUUUUCAUAUGGUGGGGCUCACUGACGACUGAAUGCAGGGGGAGUGUGCGGGUCGCAUUAACUCAUUUCUGGCUUGCCUGCAAGGGGGCUGCCUGUGCCACGCUGUUAUCGAGUUGACCUGCUUUGUUCUUGCGCAGUAAUAGUAGAAAUCACGCGACAGUCGGGGUUGUUUUGUGCGGCUCGGAGCUGGUUCUUGUUUGAAUGUAAACAGCGUGGACAGACCUUUUGUUUAAAAGAUUGUAAGAGAGCAUGAGGUCGUGGGCCAUUCAUUUUUACCUUAUCCGUUCCCUGGGAAGGCUGUCCUUUCGGAUUUUAUUUUGAGUGUUUUAAGGUGUGGGACGUUGAAGCGGUACAUCGAGUUGGUUAUGCACCUCAGACAAUCAAGAGGCGUGUUUUUUUGUUCCUGUCCCUCAGGUGCAUCACCCCUUCCGCGCUACCAAUAGAUAGACAAGAAAUGAGGGAAACGAAUUUCAUCCAGGCUUCCAUUGCCUUUGCCAGUUAGUCUUUUCGUCAAGACGUGCGCGAGGACCGACUUGGAAGGCCAUGAGCACGGUGCAACGGGUUAUAUCCGCAUUGUUAAACCACUUGCACUUGCGUGCUACCUGGACCAAUCUCAUGAUGGGCAAAUUUUGUAUGCAAAUUUCUUUUCUCUAUUAUUCAGAUUAUCUGAGCUGCUGGUUCUUUUCUUGCAACUUCGGCGACUUGCUUGAUGCGUGUGCUCUUCUCUCGUCUUGUUUCUCUCUGCAAUGCGUCGGUCGCGAGAUGUGUGUCGUUUGUUUAGACUUUCUGCUUUUGUGUUCUUUACGGUUACCUUAUGCUUGAGUGUCCCUCGAGGUUCUGUUGUUUCCGGUGGGCUCUCCAUACACAAUCAUCUAAUCUUUUUUUUCUUUUCUUGCGCUAUUUAUAUAUGUAAUUCUUCUUUAUCUUUUCAAGUCAAACUCGGCCUUCUCACAGUCUGAAUGAGAAGGCAGCUAAGAACAUAAAGUGCUUCGUUGUGCACGCAAUCGCCACGCCAUGAAUUGGACAGGAACACAGCAAGAUGCAUAGCUUGCGGAGCCGUCAGUUUUAUGCUCCACAAACACCCAAGUCUCCGGUUGGGUUCGAGGCAACUCAAAAGGUCCCCGGCAUUCCUUUGUGACACCCCUUUCUCGACACAGCUAAUGAUCGCUAAUACCUCUCGUACUUAGCACCAGUCUACAAUGAAGCACUCUGCUCAUCAUGCAUUGCAAAGUGGAACACAGAGUCUCUCAGAGCGCAGCCGCCAGACGAGCUGGUCUGGGCGGCGCCGGCUUCUCUCGUGAUCCUUUGCGCCGAAGGAGGGAGUCUAGGGUCCUUUCCCCAGCAUCAGUUGCACCUACGAGAAGAUGUUGAUACACUGCCAGGUUAAAAGGAAAAAAAAAAAAUGACGAGCCAUAAUUAUUUUUUCAAAGUGUGUCCAAGUGCUUUUUCAUGAGGCAAGCAUGAUUUCGUGGCAUUGUGGGAGGGGAUAGGAAUUUUUUCAUACAUUCACCGAGGUAGGUACGUGCAGAACCCGCAACGAGUUUUGUGCAGAGUGAGUCGGCUUGCCUUUCGUGUGCCACGUGACUAAAAGGGAGUGCCCUCUGUUGCAAAACCUGUACCAUCAUGUUACGCGGAGGCCUGUUUUGUGCAGAUUGCGAUUGUUUUCAUAAGAUUUUAAGUUGCGAAGGAGUUUUUUUUUUUUUUUUUUCUUUGCCGACGACAGCGCUGCACGACGCAGGUUGCGGUCGACCCAAGGAACGACUUUGCAGUUGUGGAUCUAAAUAGUUCAUUGUUGCUGGUCAUUCGCAUUAUGUCACGGAGCAUACUUGCUGAGCUCGGUGCUGUGAAAAACGUAGAAUGCGAGGGCCCAAACCGCACCAGAGUGAUUUGGGAGGGGAGUUUACGUUACAUGAACUUGCCGAUUAGUGCACUUUGGUUGAACUGUUUUGCGUGUUGACUUGGAGCAAAGUCGGGAGGAAGGAAAACUAUAGAAAAUAAACGAACGAGCGUGCACUUGCGGCUUAUGCUGAAUUGUGCUGCUUUUGAAUAGCAAAUUCUGUGGCCUGAAUCGUUGAGGCUGGCCCUAUAGCGACUGGAACAUUAUGUAAUGAUGACAAAGUGCAGGUUUAUGAUGCGUGUUGCCUUCUAUAGGAAUUUGGCUGCGUAUAAACUUAUUCUGAACAAUGAGCUUAAGUGCUGCUGAGCACUGUGGAAAGCAGGCACUUGUUCCUUAGACAGGGUACGCUGCUUAGUGUUAUGGCCUGCUAGCAAUCAUAGUGUUUGUUUCAGUUUAUAGUUGAAUUUUUGUGCACUUUCUGCUGACAGCACUUCUAAACUGGAUGCAAGUUUCAUCUGAUGGCCAGAUUAUGACUUCCUUUAAUGGAAAAAGGAUUUCAUAAAAGCAAAGUUCUUUGCAGGUUGAUGAAAACUAGCAUGAAGUUAGUAUUGGGAUGGCCUUGAUGUAUGGGUUGUCCCAGCUAGCUUUCAUACAUCUGCAAGGCCAUUUGAUGUGAAGUCAGUAUAAUAUUAGAACUCUCGGGCAGUUUUGUUCUUAUCCUGAUGGUAAUUGGCUCAGUAGUGGCAUAACUAGGCUGUUUGUCUCUCUUGGAGUUCUCAGCUUUUUUUUUUUUUUCCACAAUAUUGCCAAUAGACCGAUGUCACUAAGCAUUCCAUGCAUGCGUGACAUCACCAUAACUGUUCACAGGAUGCAGGUGCCAGUGCACGAGACAGCUUGUGUCGUCUCGUGCCAUGCUCAUGCACACCCGCAGCAGGGUUGUCACGCGUGCAGAAAGACUACAGUUCCCUCGAUGCAUGCCAGCAGCGGUGGCACAACCAAACUGGCUUGCGAUAUCGGUCUAUUACUGCUGGCGCUUUUCCUUAUAGCCUUUGUUAAAUUCACUUGUUUUCCAAAAAAAAAAAAAUUAGCCCUACAAUUAAGCCAGUUAGAUAGGCUUCAAGAUGUCCUCCACGGCCAAUCAAAAUUUUGUUGCGCUAGGUAGUAAUAAUAAGAGUGAUGGCUGUGCAGUGGUGUAAUAGAGAAAGGCUAUUUCAGCAUGCACAUUAGCGAUUGCUUUGACAAGUCCUAGCCUGGCAUCCCCAUUGCAAUGAGGUGGUUUUAAGAGGGAAAGUUAAGAAGCCAAGACGCUCAGCAAUUAUGUUCCUAUUGUUUUGUUAUUAGCAUAAUAAUUGCCCCCUUUCUCUUUAUUCUUCUGCAUGCUUAGAUAUGGCCCUGGCUAAUUUCUAUAUGCCAGGCAUAAAGAGAAAAAAAAAAGCGAAAGGAAAAAGAAAAAAAAAAAAAAAAGGAAACUUGGAAACUGCAACCAUGCAACAGUGUAAAAGCUUUGAUGGUGUGUGUAUGCACAAGUAGUGUCGUUCCUGACUUGUAGGCAAUCUGAGUGGUGCACGGGUUCAUGUUACUGCUGGUGGUGUUGGGACUGGUGUGUUUUAAUGUUCAUUAAUACUAGGUCAUCUCUAACAAUUGUAACGAAAUGGGAAGUGCAGGUAGAGAAGAAGGUGGCAUGUUUGGGAGCUGUUCAAAGGAUUGUUGUCGUUAAUUUUUUUUUUCUUCUUCUUUUUAUGAAGUUUGCAUACUAGUUGAGUCAGAGUCAGCUCUAGGUUAUGCAAGAGACAUUAAGGGAUAUGUUGUGUUGAUCGGAUACACUGUACGGUCCCCUGCAAUAUGAAAGACCCAUUUGCCUAUUCAGUUUAUGGGCCCCUCAAAGAAAAGGGCCCCUCAAAAGGAAAAAAGAAAAAAAGAUUUUUUAAACAGUUUGAGACAUGCGUCAAAAUAUAAAUUUUACGCGAAAAAAAAAAAUUAUAUUUCUGGGCAAUAUUCACGACGAGAGAUUUAUUGGAAAUUCUGCGUGCAAAUUUUAUGACGUCACAGAAUGGUCAUUUGCCCUUUCGACCUUUUCGACAUGGUCAUUCGCUCUUUCCACCUCAACAUGAAGGCAAAGCCGAUCCACCUCUCCUCCAUGUGCCCAAAACGCCAAGAGAGAAAACAAGUGGAAAGGAGGUGACUACCAACUAAAUCGCAUCUCAGGCCGUCAGUAUUGCUCUAAAAGAUUUUUUUUCGCGUAAAAUUAAUGUUUUGACGCGCAUGUCCCAACCAGACUGUUAAAAAAAAAAAAAUUUUUUUUAGGGAUUUUUUAAGCCCAUACAUGCCAGACACAUAAAAUUUUGAGGGAGGGGAAAGAACAAAGGUUAAUCAAUUUUUUCGUAUUAAGAAAAGUUGUCCUUGUCAAAGCGAAUUCGGCAGAUCCACCUUAAAUUGCAUUUUCUAAUGGGUCUUUCAUAUUGCAGGAGGGCGUACUAUCCCUACCCCAUUGGUGCUGUGGCAUGAUCUCCACUCUUACUGGUCAAAAUGCAUUGCAGAAUUGUGGGAAUCCGUUUCUAUGUGUUUCGAUGCUGCAUUGUAAAAAGCUGCACAUCGUGCAAGCUGGGCGUGAUAUUGUAAGACAAUUCCAGAAUCGAGGUUAUAAAUUUGAGUACGGAGGCACAGAGUCCUUACAUAUUAGUUUUUAAAAAAUGUGUGAAAGGUAUCAUUUGUUCUGGUUUCACCUGCGUAAGUUUGACUUUUUAUACGACUUUGUUGCAAGGUGAGAUAAUCUGAGUACUAGGUGCACUUAAUGUGCACUCAGGCUUGAUGCCCAGAGCUCUUGCCAUGAUGCAUUUGUACUUAGUUUAAGUGUAGUAUUGAGGAAUUAAAGAUAGCAAACGUGAUUGGAUUGUGGAUGUACAGCAUGAGGAUAAAGUUCCAGAGGGCAGUGUCCAGAAGAGGCCUACCUUAUUGCGUUUCUGUACUCUAAUGAGAGGACACAUCUAAUUGGCAUGGCCAAUUCAUUAACUGUAUAGUUAUGAUCUCGUAGAAUGCAAUUAAAAUUACAAAAAGACAUUUCCACAUAAGUUGCGGUCUUGUCGAUCUGAACAGAAAUGCUGUAGACUGUAAUGUGCUGACUGUGCACUGAAGUUCUUGGGCCUUAUAGAUUGCUUGUUGAGUGUUUUGUCUGAAGUUUUUUUUAUAUCAUACACGUAUAUAGGCUAUAUCGUGUGAAUGUGUAUGCAUGACAUGAAAUGUAUCUUAAUAUUCAGUCAUCAAUUUACUGUUUCAAAAAGAAAAGCUAGCAUUGCAUAUUGGAAUGGCAUCUUGGAAUGCCAAUGUACAAUCCAAAAAUAUGGAAAUAAAGUUUUGUAUUAGUGCA